GGAAAGAUGGCCGCGGUCGUGGCGGCCGCUCGUGUCUUGUCUGAGGCGGCGCUGACGGGCGGGCUGCGGGCGCUGCGCGGCGUGGGUGGUGGCGGCGCCUGCUGCCGGCGGUGGAAGCGGGGCGGCGCUUGGGCGCCGCCGGGUCGGGCGUUGAGCCUGGGGGCUCCGCCGGGGGUCCCUCCUCAGGAGACCGGGGCGGGGCCGGGGCUGACCGGAGCUGUCCUGCGGGAGGUGAUCCAGCAGCAGCAGCAGCAGGAGUCAACAGGAGAAGAAGAUGGGAAAGGUUCUGAUGAACAGCAAGAUAAGACAAAAAAGCAAAAGGACAACACUGCCUACACAAAGAGAUUGUUACAGAUAGUAGGCCUUCUGGGAGCUGGCAAUGGGGUAGCAAUUAUCUACAUCUUUGGUCGUAAUUCAGUGGAUGAAAAUGGUGCGAAGAUUCCUGAUGAAUUUGAUAACGAUGUGGUGAUAAUUCAGCAGCUCCGAAGGUCAUACAAAUACUUCAAAGAUUAUAGUCAGAUGAUCAUGGAGCCCACCAGCCCCAAGUUGCUGCCAGAUCCCCUGAAGGAGCCAUAUUACCAGCCGCCUUACACCCUGGUCAUCGAACUCACGGAUGUCCUGCUGCACCCUGAAUGGUCGUUAGUGACCGGCUGGCGCUUCAAAAAGAGGCCGGGCAUUGACAACCUCUUCCAGCAGUUGGCUCCGCUCUAUGAAAUCGUCAUCUUCACCUCCGAGACUGGCAUGACAGCAUUUCCCCUCAUUGACAGUGUCGAUCCUCAUGGCUUCAUCUCCUACCGGCUCUUCCGAGAUGCCACUCGCUACAUGGACGGGCAUCACGUUAAGGAUAUCUCCUGCCUGAACAGAGACCCUGCCAAGGUGGUCGUGGUGGACUGCAAGAAGGAGGCCUUCCGCCUGCAGCCCUUCAACGGCAUGGCCCUGAAGAAGUGGGACGGGAAUUCGGAUGACCGCACGCUCUUCGACCUGGCUGCUUUUCUCAAAACCAUUGCCUUGAGCGGAGUGGAAGAUGUCCGGUCAGUGCUGGAAAACUAUUCCUUGGAAGAGGAUCCUCUGGAGGCUUUUAAACGCAGGCAGUCCCAGCUGGAGCAGGAGGAGCAGCAGCGCCUCUCUGACCUCUCCCAGCACAAGAAGCAGCAGCUCUUCCUGGGCUCCCUGGCAAGCCGGCUGUGGCCUCGCUCCAAGCAGCAGUGACCCUGGCACCUCCGGGCACGGCCACCCCAUCCACGGAUGGACUUCUCGGCUGUUCCUGCCCCUCGGGCCCCCAGCCUUCUGCAGGAGGGGCACAGGCUUCAGUCCAGCUGGACGCGGAUCUCGGGCCACGGCUUGCCGCCUCUUGCCCUCGACGUAUGCUCCAGUAGCAGCGGCGGCGGCAGCAUCUCUGAGACCGAGACAUUGGUGUGCGAAAGCGAGCCCGUUCUGCCCCGCUUGGCGGGGAACUGCCUCCGGGGAGCAAAGCCACAGCAUAACCAGGAACUGAGCCUCACUGUGACAGCGAGAAAAGGAGGAAACUCAAGCAGGGAGGGAGGGAGGGAGGAGAUUGCCUCUCCAGCGGUCCUUCAUCUCUUGUUAUCAUGUUCCCAUCAGGCGGCAGACUGUGCUGUUAGCCUGUUGGGGUGAAUGGAAAUGAAUGUUGGGUGCACUCGAAAUAAAUGGCCAUCUUUAUAACGA